CUCUACUCUUCUCCCUCGCAACGGACUCUCCCUUCAAACGGGAAACAAGAUGGCGGCGGCAGGUCCGAGUACUCGGGCCUCUUCCGCGGCGGCAGCGGCAGCUCUCAGUCGGCGGGGCCGACGGGGCCGCUGUGACGAGAUGGCGGCAGCCAAGACUGGGGCCCCGGGCGCAGCCUCUGGCACUGCGCUGCUGGUGUUGCCGCCACCACUGCUGCAGCCGCCGCCACCGCCGCGGCCGGAGGAGUCGGGCUGCGCCGGGUGCCUGGAGACCCCGGGGGAAGCGGCGGCCCUGCCGUGCGGCCACUCGCUGUGCCGAGGCUGCGCCCAGCGCGCCGCCGACGCAGCGGGCCCGGGUUGCCCGCGCUGCCGACGCUGCCGCCCGCGGCGGGACGGGGGCGCGGCAGCCGCGGGGCCCAGGCCGGAGCAGGAGCCGCGCGCCGCGGCCGCAGAGCCAGAGUUUAUAUUCAGAGCACCAAUCAAAUUAAGCAAGCCUGGGGAACUUCGUGAGGAAUAUGAAAGCCUGAGAAAGCUGAGAGAGGAAAAGUUACAAGAGGAGAAAACUUCUGAAGAUCAGAUCCACAAGCUGUUAUCAGAGGAUACGGAAACAGGGAAAAAGAAAAUGGAUGACCAGAAAAAGAGAGAUGAGCCAUUAGUACUGAAGACAGAUCUGGAACAUUGUCCUGCACGCCUCUCAGAUUCAGAGAACGAAGAACCUUCCCGAGGCAAGAUGACACAGACCCAUCGCUCGGCAUUUGUUUCCAAGAACAACUCCUACUCCUUAGCUUUCCUGGCAGGGAACCUAAAUUCCAAGGUGGAAAGGAGUCAGAGCUGCAGUGACACUGCUCAAGACAGAGCGAAGAGCAGACUCAGAGCAGCCCCAACCAGCAAAACCAAGGUCACGGCUAUGACCCCAGCCUCCAAUCCCAUCAUCGGCGUCCUCCUGUCCACUCAGAACAACCGCUGUCUCUCAGCCCCGGACUUAACGGUGGAGAAACGUCUCCCUUUCAGCUCCCUGUCAUCCUUGGCUUCCCUGCACAAGCCAGAACGCUCCAUCAGUCCCGAGAGCAAUGACAGCAUCUCCGAGGAACUAAACCAUUUCAAGCCCAUUGUCUGCUCACCCUGUACCCCUCCCAAGAGACUCCCCGAUGGCCGAGUGCUGAGUCCGCUCAUCAUCAAAUCGACCCCCCGCAACCUCGACAGAAGCCUUCAGAAGCAGACUUCCUAUGAGGCUAGUCCAAGGAUCCUCAAAAAGUGGGAACAGAUCUUUCAGGAGCGGCAGAUCAAAAAGACCCUUUCGAAAGCCACCCUCACCUCCCUGGCUCCAGAAGCAGGGGAAGACGUAGUGGUGUCUGAAGCUGUCCCUCCUAGCAAGGAAAAGUCACCCCUGGCUUUGCAGACAAGACUGGCGGGUGCGCAGUCCCUCCCUGAGUUUGCCGGACCCACCCCCACUGACCUCGAUUAUCUCCCGUCCGUUAGCCAAGCAAAAGCGGAACAGGGCAGCGGGGGUAAAAGCCCUGAGGUCCCGUCAGAAACCUGCUGCUCUUCUGAACCCCGAGUGGGAGCCAGUGGGACUUCUCUGGAGAGAGAGCAGGAGGAAGGGCCGGGGCCCACCCCAGAGGCCAAGUUAGACAAAACCUGUGUGAGCGCCACCGUGAAAAUCUCGGCGGUUAAUUCAGCGCUGCCCAAAAAUAGCGUUCUGGGCGGGGUCCUCAAAACAAAGAAGCAGCCGAAGAUGGCGAAUCAUUUUGAUCUUCCCAAUGGGGUGCUGGCAGACAACCUGGGUGAGGAGCCCCUGCCUUCCCUGCGCCGGGGCCGGAAGAGGCACUGUAAGACCAAGCACUUGGAACAGAACGGCUCCCUUAAGAAACUGCGCCCAGGCAGUGGGGAGCCGGGCCUGCGGGAGCGGCAGCGGCAGCGGCAGCGGCAGCAGGAGGAGGACGACCGGCGGCUGGCGCUGCGACUGCAGCGCGUGUUCGACAGUGAGAGGCGGACUGUGAGUCGGCGGAAAGGGAGCGUGGAUCAGUAUCUCUUACGCUCCAGCAACGUGGCCGGGGCCAAGUAGCACCCCAUGAACCUGGGACCUGUUUCUAAGAGGUCUGUGGGCCUGAUCAUUUAUCCUGAAGAGCUGAGUGUUCUCACUUUGGGUUUCUUUUCAUGGCAAAACACUGUCUGCUACGGUUCUGAGAGGUUCCGGGGCCUUCGUGGUCUCUAUCCGAGGGAACUGCGUCUCUGCCUCCCGGUGACCGAGGCCAGAAGCGCUCCUCACUCCUAAGGGACCCAUCCCUGAGGGCUUCUGGGCCAAGUCUGGCAGCACCCGCUUGGAACGCGAUUCGGGAGCACAGGGGCCAGAGUUAGAGAUGGUAGAGGAGAGAGGGGAUACCUUCUUAAACUGACAGACCUCCUGACUUCUUUCGACAGGGUGUUAUUUUAAAUCAGCCUUGCAGAUAAAAAGGAUUUCCCUCUUUCCCAGAGAAGAGGAGCAGUGUUGCUCUUUGGCAGAGCCAAAACGAUCAUGUUCCCCCCCUUCUCCUUACCCAUGCCACGGGGAAAUAUACCUAAUGAAAUCAGUAGAGUUUACCCUUCUACAAAAGGUAAUUUACCUUCCCUGUAUGAAAAGUAACAUUGGAUUAAUGCUACCUAGCCGACAGACCACAUUCACGGUCAUCGUUCACGUUGGUCUUCCCGGGAGCGCUAACGUGUAAGUGGUGUCAGCACCAUUUUCAAUGAUGGAACUGCAGGCUGGACCCUCGGGUCCUGUCAUUCGCUAAGCGGCAGAGCCCAGACUGACCAUCGGGGCUCCUGACAACAGAUCCCAGAGAUUUUCCACACUAACAGGUUGAACAGGUGGCCGUAAUGGACAGCAACCCAAGGGCCUGCCGGGGAAGCCUGGGGAAGCCUGGGGAAGCCUGGGUGAGCAUUUGAAUACUGGUUGUGUAAAAUCCAUAGGCAGAUAAUUGAGAUCGGUGGGAAUUAUAAACAAAUACUAUGCAGUUAUCCACCCUGCCCCGCUCCCCCCUGCUCGCACCCACUUUACAGCCUUCUGUGUUCUGGGGGGUGGAGGGGCCUCCACCCUGUGAGACAAGCUACAGUUGAACUUCGUUAUUACUCUCUAUAUGUGCAAGGGUUAUCUGCAAUGUUGAUCUAAAAUCCCCCAAAUUUGCCCAGAAGUCAGGCAAGAGCAAUGCUGAAACUCCAUACUAUGGAAACAAGGUAUCUGGCUGGAUGCAGCUGGUAAUUCAGUCCCAUGGACCUUUGGGGUUUAUUUUCCUUAGGAGCUGACACCAUGUGUCUUUUGCAUCCCUGGUGGUGCUUGGUGCUUCUGCCCGUCUGGGCUCAUUGAGAAUAGGGAUUAAGAGAUGAUUUGAGGGGAUCUCAGAUGGGCUGGCAUUCCCUGUGCAUGUACGGGCUGUUACUAUAAAGUCAUGUGACUGGCAUUUUAACAAAGGUUUUAGAGCUUCUGUGUCCCAGUGUAUGUUGCCCCCCUUGAGUGGCUCCAGCAGGACACCGCAUAGAUUUUCCAAUGAUGUUGCCAUUGGCAAAAACAUUUCUGGAACCGUCCUGUCUAGAAACAUCUAGAAAUACAGACUCCUAAAAUGUUAGAACUGGAAGGGACCUUCAUGGUCAUCUUUUCCAAGCUCCUCCUCUUGUUAAGGCAGAAACGAAGAUCCAGAGCGGUGACCCGCCCAAUCGCUAGGGAUUUAGUGUAUCACCUUGAUUCCUCUCAGGAGAUUUUUGUCCCCCUCUUCUCGGGGCAGAUCUUUUAUCUUUUGUGGUUACAGGAGGGAGAUUUCGAAGUCUGAAACUAGUCACAAGCUGUUCGAAGCCUCUAGAAGAGAAGGUCAGUCAGGAGGGUUCGGAGUGACAAACGAGGUGUAGCCGUCAAGCAGUCGGAGCCAUUUCCUCCUGCUGUUCACGAGCGGUUCGCAGAGAGAAGUUCCAGAGAUGUCAUAGGCAUUUUGGUCACCGUUGAGAUAUGUGGACCCUCCUCAGUGACGACGUCGGUGGGAGUGUCCCUCACUUGAAUGUAUGCUGUUCUGUGCUGUGCGUGUCAGUGUGCGUGCACGCGGGCACAUGUAUGUUUAAAAAACAUGCAUCCGUCUCAUUCCUCUGUGUUCACACCACUUCGUUCCAGGCCCUGCCAGCAGCACAGGCCUGCACAGGCUGCCGGUCGGUCGGCGCCCAGGGUGGCAGAGCCGGCGCUGGUCUGCGGAGGAAGGGGAGGGUGACUCACUAAAGGCCCUUAGAGAAAGCUUCGGUCCCUGCCGUUUUCUAGAGCCGCUCGUGGCUCUGAGUGAACAUCCCCGGGAGGCUCUUCCGCUCGGUAGUAGCAAAGACGUUUCUUUUUCCACUUGCCACCUUUUUUUCUAUGUCUCCAGUCAUUUGAAAAACACGUUUCGGUUGGAACUGAUUUUUGGUUUUGGAGAAAAGAGAAAUAUUUUUAAUAGAGAAAGAUAUAUAUUUUAAAUAUUUCCCCAAAGUCAUACUUUUGUUUUAAGAAAUUGCACAGCAGUAGCAAGGAAUCUGAGGUUCAGGUGCGGAGUGCAAAGUCCCUCCUGGGAAGUGAGUGUUCAAACGCCGGAUCCGGCUUCCUGACUUGCCCCUUGUGCCUCUGGCUGUGUCUAGACGGGCCCUGCCAGUAGUUCUACCGACUUCCUCCGGCUGAGCAGUAGUCCUUGCUGUGGAGGCAAAGCAGUGUCGGUUAGGGAGUGCAGGGCUGAACCUCUCAUCCACUUGGCUUUGGAAGAGGAAAAAACCACUAAGGUAUUAUCUGUAUUUGAAGAUGCUUCCCGCUCUUAACUAAAACCUGAAGACUUUCUCCUUCUGAAAAAUGUCUGUGUCCUGUUGCUCGCUCGCUCGCUUGCUUGUGAAGUUCGUCACAAGUGGCAUUGUUGACAUGAAUUAUUUGGAGAAAGAGAAAGACGAGAACGGGAAACAGAGUGAUGGGGAGGGUUGGUGAGGGAGAACGAGAGAGACGCUAUUUCACAAAACAGACAUUUCUCACGAAUCCUUAGAAUCAGAUCCACCAUACAGAUUUCCCAGGUCCUGCGAGCUCUGCUUCUUGUGCAUAUGCAUUCUGUGUGGGGGUUUUUAUUUUUAUUUUAUUUUUUUAUUAAAGGGGAAGUUAGAAGAGGUUAGAGGAUGAAGGUCAUUCUGAUGGGAAAUCCAAGAAAUGCGGUGCCCUGAGACGGGGGCUCUCAGCCCUUUUCGGUAGAGUGGGGGAGACCUUCGGCAACAUAUUCAUGACCUGUUGAUUGUAUCUGUUGGAAGGAGUCACCUGGGCCUUUUGGGCUGGUGUCAGAUCAGGGGAUUUAAGCACCCAGCCCUUGGACCCUUUCAUAUACUUGCCUCUUUUUAAAAGGUUAAUUAGUCUUGGCUGAAGCUUCCCAGGAAAACCUUUAUUAUUUUUUUUUAAUUUAAGUUUUAGAUUUGUGUCUGCAGGAAGGACUGGUGAUGAAUGCCUUCUGGUUCUCUUGGUUUUUUGGGGUUUUUGUUUUUGCUCAUUUUCCCUGAAAGAAAAAUGCCCUUAAGAGAUUAAAGCUGCUUAAUUAAUUGCUGUCUGAUUACAAAGUGACAAACCGACUAAGAUGGGAAGCUGCCACUGUGCUUGACUGGUGAAGCUGAUGACCGAAGGCGGUGCUGUUCGCCCUUUCUGUGCCAUUUGACAGACAUUCCUGACCUUCGAACUUGUACUGGGUCGUGGAGAUACAGGAUGGAAAGGACAGUCCCUGCUCUUGAGCUCAGUCUCUAAUGGAACGUAUUUGAACGUCUAUGUGGCUGGAGUUUGUUUAUGGUCCUGUGAAAGACCGCUUCUUCCUGUGACUGUCUUGGAUGGCCCCAUUUAAGAUACUGUCCAGCAUCUGGCAGGCUGCCUUGAACAUUUUAGACCCCCCCCAAUCAGUAUUUUUGAAUUUGAUUGCAACACUGCUUUUCGUUUCCUGUGAUUUUACCAGAUGAGAAUGUUCUCCUCCAGUAACAGGACAGUAAUCUCUUCAGGAGCUGCUUUUACUGAAGCGCCAGCAAGUGAGGCAGGGUGUGGGUCACUGACAUGGGCAGAGGAGGCCCACAUCCCAGCCCACUGACCUCCUCGCCUCUUUCCCAACCAGACCUCUCACCACAGCUGGCGGCAACUUUGGAUUCCUUUUCCUUUUUCCUGCCUGGCUUUUCAUUGAGAUGGAAAACCAGCGGGAGAGGAAGGAAAGAAAAAUUGAAGGCUGGAUUAUAAUCAUAAAAUGCAGUACUGGAAAGGGCAUGGAAAUCAUUCGGAUCAAACUCGCCCACCUGCUGCCCCUUUUUUCUAAGAAAUAGGGAAUGUGAGGUCCAGUGUCUUAUGCCGUAUUUUAUACUGUAGUUUUCUAGGAUCUAAGUAAAUAGUCCAUUUAAAUUACGCACACACACACGCACACACGCACAGUUCACUAACGAGGACACCCAAAUGAUACAGGAGGCUUUUUGUUUUCAUAGCUUUUUCUUCCAAAUUUUUUCAGUUAGAAUUAAAAUAUACCUAUAUCCCCUGAAUGCACACUGAGAUAGGGAAAACCCCACAAUGUGACUAAUGUGAAUAUGGGAUCUUGGGAAGUGAUAUAUUUUGAUUAGAAGAGUCAUCAUUUUAACCACCAGGCGUUAAAACCCAGCCAGCCCUUCAUUUUUCUUUGAAAAAUCAAGAACUCCUUAGGGACUUAAAUCUUUCUCAGCCAACCUUUUCCCCAUCAACCUAUAGAGUGGUCUUUUGGCCUGGUUUUUAGAAGUAAGCAUAGUUACUUAUAAAUUCUUGUGAAUCAGUGACAAAGCAGGUAUUUUUUGGGGGGGGAGGGGGGGAGAUUCUAGGGAAAGCUGCUGUUGAAUAGCUUUCCUCCAAAGAUGAUACAGGAAAUGCAUCUUUACACAUGAUUGUUAUCCACUGUAACUUGCUGAAAAAGAUUGUUCUGCAGAGAAAAGAGAGAUAAGCAGAGGUCACGACCAGCUUAGAGAUUGGUUAAAUUGAAGAAAAGUGCCAACACUGAAUGUGCACAUUGUUCUAUGUAUCCUCAGUAUUUUUUAUUCUUCCUAAGAAAAAUAUUUACACACUU